UCACGGUCCAUUUUCUCUAUUUCAAAGCCCGACCAAUUUAUUGGAAAUCACGGCACCGUUUUACACUGAAAAUGAUAUUCCCGGCAAUUUGUCCUUCCAAAACCCUCCAUUUUCCCGCCAAUUUUUUACCCAAGCCAAAGCUUCACUUCUCGGAAAGAUCUCCGGCCACUCCAAACCCAACCACACUGGAAUUUCCUGGACCGAAAACAGUAGUGGCUUCUCAAUCUCGACGAGUUGCAACGACGAGAGAGAGCCAGAAUUGGAGAAUUCUCGAAACGGUAAGAGUUGGAUUCACUUCGUCGGUAUCGGAGGCUGUGGCUUGUCCGCGCUGGCCAUGCGUGCACUCAAACCGGAAAGAGUACAACUGCAAGUAUGCUUGCUUAUGUUCUAGACGCCAUGGGUGAUAGUCUUACAGCAGUAGUUGGAGCUCACAUGCCACAGUUCUCGGGUGGAAACAUUAUCUUGGGAGAUGGUCAAAAUUUUGUGCUAGAGGCUGAUGAAUAUGAUGGUUGCUUCCUGGGACUAUCACCUUAUAUAGCUGUUGUAACAAAUCUGGAUAGGGAGCAUGUUGAUAUUUUCCAAAACGAGGAAGCAGUUAAAGCUACUUUCCAUAAAUUCCUGAAUCUAAUCAGGGUGGGUAGACAUCUCAUUUUAUGUGGGGAUAGUCAGGGUGCCUAUUCCUUGCUGACUGAUGUAAAGCAAGCAAUUGGAUCAGAUACUUUGAGCGGUCUAAUGCAUUCUCCGCUAGAAAAAUGUUGCAUUGGCUACAUCAUAACAACUUAUGGAACUACAAGUUCUAAUGAAUGGAGUGCAUCAUCAAUUAGGCCAAAUUUAAAGGGUGUUAGUGAUUAA